AUGGAUUGGUUUAAAGAAGAUGUCUUUCGGUUGAUUGAUUUAUACAGAGAUAGGCCAUGUCUCUGGGACAAUGAUGAUAUAGAUCGUCGUGAUAGAAAUCGUAAGGAUGAGUGCUGGAAUGAAAUAGCUGACUUACUACAAGUCGACAGAGCCGAAAUUGAAAGGAAAAUGAAGUCACUUUCAACACAGUUUUACAGAGAAUACAAACGUAAGAUGAAAAUUGAAGCUGAAACUGGUUCAGAUGAAGGCUUCAAAUCUAAGUGGUUUGCCUAUGAGAGACUCUCCUUUCUUAGUAGAAGAGUUAGAGACAGACCAACUAUUUGUUAUUAUGGAUCGGAAGAAGUAGAGAAUGGGGCUUCAGGAGAGGAUGGUUUCAAUGACAUGAUCAAGUUUGGUCAGAUGGUAGACGAAAAUUUCACAAAUAACGAACAGUCUUGUUUUUCACUGGAUGAAAAUAACACGCCUAAAUCACAAAAUAACAACAUUAACAACAUCAUUAAUAAUAUCACUAACAAUAGUCAUACCACCACCAACAACAACAACAACAGCAGCAACAAUUCUAACAGUGGUAGCCACGGUGUGAAAAGAAAAUAUUCUCAGGACACAUUUUACGACGAACAUUUCAACCACAAUAACAACCACAACAACCCUGUCCACAACAACACGCCUAGCACACCGCCAUCGCACAACAGCACAAUAGUUAACAACAACAACAACAGUAGCAACAUUAGUAGCAACAACAACAACAUGUUCAACAACAAAGAUGAAUUUCAAAUAUAUGGUGAGUUUGUUGCCUGCAAAUUGCGCAGUCUACCCUCGCAGUUAUUGCGAAGCACAGUGCAACAUCGCAUCAGUGACGUCAUCUACCAAGCGGAAAUAGGGAAUUUUGAUAAUUAUAACGUUAAUUCAGGCAGCGCUUAUGAUUAUCAUUCUCCCAGGCAAUCUUGCAAAAAAGAAUUAUGA